ACUAUCUCACCACCUCGACCUUUCGUGAUGCCUCCCAAGAGAAGAGCAGCCGUCAACCACAAGCUUGUGAGGGGAGCCAAGCAGGCCAGGACAACCAGAAGACAAACCCCGGGAGUACACAUUGUACAGGAGGCAACAGCUGAUGGUGAGUCUGCCAAUUACGGAUAUAUCGAAGGGGGCAACAGAAUUAACGUACAAUCGGCGCAGCUUGUAAAUGCCGCGCAGGCUGCCAACUCGGCUACCCAGGUAAACGAGCAACUGGAAAAAAUACUCCAGUUGCUGGAACAUUCAGCGCCCGGUUCGGUUAGCGCAAACCAACAGGUAAGGCUUGGUUUUAGUUCUCCCGCCAUUUCGCCCAACAUAGGGAGAAUCCCCGAUGCUCACAACGAGGCCGACGGUGACGCGGCUUGGCCAGCCAAUCACAUCGCAGGAUACGGGGAUUCCCUUUCCUUCCGUGCGGAUGGAAUAGAUGCGCACGUCAAACAACAGGUGAGGGAAAAAAUCUGGCGUGGCGAGUAUGUCGACCUCAGCACAAUCCUACCAAACACCGAGGGAGGUCACGAGGACGGUACGAUUACCAUGGCGUACGACUCCUCAGUAGGCACUCCGAGGUCCGCACAACCCAGGGGUUGUUGUCCUACAUGGAAACCAUAAGAACGGCGGCACUUCGAUUCGGGGGGGAUGCCUGGUCAACCUACGACAAACAAUUCCCACACAGAAUGUCAAGGGACCCCUCACGACGCUGGGACAACAUCGACGGGGAGUUGUGGCUGAAGUACAUGGUAACACAGCCGGUACUACAACCAGAAUCAGCCGGACGGGGCGCAAUGACACGCGUACAGGGGGACAUCGCCAGUCAGGUAUGCUGGGAUUUCAAUAAAUUUGGCUGUAGCAGGGUCAACUGUAAGUACACUCACAAAUGCGGUAAGUGUGGCAAACAUUCCCAUAGCUCUAGGACCUGCUUUCGAGGGAAUGGGGUCCAACCCACGAAUCCUGCAGUGCCUCAGAUAUAAUAUUAUGUUUAAGGCAAAGUAUGUAUGUUCCACUGCUAACACUAUUGCCGAUGCUCUCUCGAGGUUUCAGCUCCAACGCUUCCGAGAGGCAGCACCAGCCGCGGACCAGAACCCCACACCUAUCCCAUGCAAUAUAUGGCUGAUCUGAGGCAGGAAGCCGGCAGACUCCUACAACAAUCUCUGUCUACUAAUACAUGGGCCACUUACCAAACAGGCAUCAAUGCCUUGCACCAGUUCCGGUCCGUACACCAGCUACAAGAGGUGUGGCCAGUCCCGCUGGAUCAGGUCGUAAACCUUAUUGCUUAUCUGUCAGUCACUCACCACUCCCCUAACACAGUCAAGACUUACAUUGCAGCGCUGUCUUCACACCACAAAUUCCACGGGCUCACCGACUGUACAAACCAUUUCCUGGUAGGCAAGAUUUUAACCGGCUUACACAAAUCAGCGGGCCGACCAGACACCAGAAAACCGAUCACUGCAGAUCUGCUGCAGGUAGUAACCAACAAUCUGCCUCACGUAUGCUCAUCAGCAUAUGAAGCCAGGCUGUUCAAGGCAGUCUACUGCACAGCCUUCUUCGGAUUCUUUAGGGUUAGCGAACUGGUCCAAACUGGACCCUCAAAAACAGGUUGCGCCAUCCAGAAUUUAAGCUACUCGGGCAACCCCCAGCAGCAUACAACAAUACGGCAGGUGGAAAUCAGAUUGCUACAAUGCUUACAUACGCUUACCAACAAAUUCAAUGUUGCACAAUUAAUUCAAAUAGUCUUUCAUGGUACUUACUACACUUAUUGUUAUUGUUUACAGUUUGGUUGGUGGGAUCCAGCUACAUGGCCAGGGCACGGCAGUACUUGCUCCUGAAGGGCACCAGUCCGAACCAACCGAGGAUGCUAUGGCUGGCACGAGGGGGGAUGAGGUGGAAGGAGCUGGACACCAUUCUGGAUGCACAGGUCAAGGCAACACGGCGCAGCCCCAGAGCCCUCAUCAUUCACCUGGGCUCCUUCGGAUACAACUCCAGCUUCCUGACACCAAGAUCAUCGUAUCCUCAAUGCUGCCCAGGCGCUACUGGCACGAUGCCAGGGACCCACUAAAGAUAUAGGGGAUGCGGAAGAAUAUCAACCGCUGACUGGCCAACCGAGUCAAAGAGCUCGGCGGUACAAUGGUGCCACAUCCCCAGAUCCUGGCAUCAGACAAGACAUGGUACACCUGGGAGGGCGUCCACCUCAGUGACAAAGGACUGUGUGUGUUUACAGACAAUUUUUUGCAUGCCCUGGCGCUUGUUUUGUGCCAGUAAGGAUAUUAUCUCCACAGGUUAGUGUUUCCUUUCAGUACAUAGGCAAGCCGGGCAACAAUGCUAUCUCCGCGCAGUGGGUGUGGGGUAGCACUCUGGUGCUUUGUGGCGGGGUUCUUGUGGGCUACACUGCUAGUAACAAAUUAACUUGCUUCCAAAUUAAUACUCGUGCUUAAGGCUACCUGUUUUUCAGCGGGAACCUUUCCGGGGUUACCUGCUUCUCAGUGGGAACCUUGUCUUUCCCGACUUUUCAGCCGGGAAAUCGUAAAAUAACAUACGUUGGGGCAAACAAUUGCCACGUAUAUGGGCCCGGCGGCGGAAGUUGUCUUGUCAAGCAGUAGCUGACAGUUGGGUCCGCGGCGGGAGCCGCACA